AUGGCCUUAAUUUUUUACUUUUGGUUGGGGUUAAUUUUUAUUAAUUUAAUGCUUUUAAAGCCCGAAAGCGCUGGUUUUAACAAAAAAACCUUGUUGCUUGGCUUUUUUAUUUUAAUAUUAGCGCGUAAAAGGUUUGGCUUUGGGCUCGUUGUACGCCGUAAGGGUGUACCCAUAAUUGGCGUAAAACGGCGUUUCCUUUGUACUUUUAUGUAUAAAGCUAUUGUAAGCGAAUUGGGCAAUUGCUUGUUUUGGUUUGUAAUUAGUUUUUGCAAUAUCCCGUGGUUUGCUAUUACGUGCCGAAAAAAAGCCUUUUUGGAUUUAAAUAAUUUAACGAUAAAAUUUAUGCGUUUGUUAAAGUUUUGGCUUGUAAUAAAAUGUGCUAAAUUUUUGUGGUUAAUAUAUACCGUUAUUUGGUGGUUUGCUUUACAUAAAUAUACUUUCCAUUUUUUUAAAGCUUUAAUAAUAGCGAAAAGCUUUUUAUUAUGGAUUUGCAAUUUGUUUUCGAGCUUUCCAAUAAAAUUGGGUGUUGUUUUUGGUAAGUUAAAAAUUUUUAAAAACGCCCGUACUUUUUCUUUUGCAAUAUUUGGUGCAUUUGUUAUUUGUGCUUUUUUAGCGUUUUUAAAUAUAUUAAAAUAUUGUUUAAAUACGCUAAAACGAAAAUUUAAAUUGGUACAAUUUUUAAUAUUUAAAUUGCGUAUUUGGUUUAAAUUUAAUUUUGUAAUUAAACGGCCCGUAUUUUGGAAGCACCGUUUUUAG